CCCUUUUGAGCACAUGACCGUUGGUACUCCAGCGAGCCACAACAACGGGAGCAUUUGUAGUGUUGUCCGGCUAGUUUUUUUUAGCCUAGCUAGAGUUGUUCUGCCGUUGGUUGUGUAUUGUUAUUUUCAAAAUGAAGCUGCAGUGUUUAGUCGUGGCCCUGUGUUUCUCUGUGGGUGUAAUGGCCGGGAAAUACUCCCGUGAAGUAAACGAGCCCAAGCCGAGCGGCGGUGAUGAGCAGACGGUGGAGUUCAGGAUAGCUAAGCUGAACCAGGUGUGGGAGAAGGCUAAAAGGAUGCAGCUGUCCCCUGUGCGACAGGCUGAACUGCACAGUGACCUGAAGAUCCAAGAGAAAGAUGAGCUGCAGUGGAAGAAGAUGAAGGUGGAGGGACUGGAUGAAAACGGGGAGAAAGAAGCCCAACUGCGGCGUAACUUUAAUGUGAUCCUAGCCAAGUAUGGAAUGGAUGGGAAAAGAGACACUCGACCACUGGAGAGCAACUCCCUGAAGGACCAUGAUACCAAAGAGGAAGACGUGUUUGAUGAUCCCAGGCUGGACAAACUAUGGAACAAGGCCAAGAGCUCGGGGAAGUUCUCCAGCGAGGAGUUGUCGAGUCUGAAGAGGGAGUUCCAGCAUCACAAGGAUAAGAUCCACGAGUACAACAUCCUCAUGGAUACUGUCAGCAGGACCGAGGAAAUACACAAGAAUGUGAUCUCCCCCCUGGAGGGUGACGCCAAAGAGCAUGUGCUGCAUCAGAAGCACACAGACCUGAAGCAGAAAAUGAGAGACCUCAACCAGGGCUUUGAGCGCCUCCGUAAGCUCAGCCAUGAGGGCUUCACUGAAGACAGCGAGUUUCGGGAGCCCCGUGUGAUUGAGCUGUGGGAGGCUGCCAAGAGAGCCAACCUGAGCAAAGACGAGCUGGACUCUCUCAAGGAGGAGCUGCGUCACUUUGAGACCAAGGUAGAGAAGCACAGUCAUUACCAGGAGCAGCUGGAGCUUUCCCACCAGAAGUUGCUACACGUGGAGUCUUUGGGAGACAAAGAGCACAUCAAGAGGAACAAGGAAAAGUACAACACUCUAGCUGAGAAGACCAGAGAGAUGGGCUACAAGAUGAAGAAACAUAUGCAGGACUUGUCCAACAAGAUCUCUGGUGAGGGACUCGAGCACAACGAGCUCUGAGAGGCACGGGAUCAUGAAGGUUGGACGAACUGAAAUAAUUCCCUCUACAACCACACACACAGCGUACGCUAUGUUCCCCCAUUCCACCUCAACUACUGUAAAGAAAAAAAAAUCAGUGUUUUCUACAUUUCUAGUGUUAUUAGUUGUUGAUUUCUUAUGCGAGGUUGCUGAAUGGAUGAUUUGUACAUAAUGAGAGAUUUAUAAAAAUCAGCUGAACUUAUUAGGUCACAGAUAAAACAAAGAAGGAAUAGUUUACAUGUUAAGUCUGGUACUUUGCAUUUAUUUGUACGGUUGGCAGGCAGGUGUAGAAAAAAUGUCUGGCUGUAAAUGUUGCAGUACUUCAGGCCUGCAACUUUUGUGGGGGUGGUUGGUGAGGGAUAGACAGCAGCAGUUGAGUCACUCUUAACCAGCUGAUGUAGUUUAAGGGAUGGUUCAGGUCCUGGGGAACAGCCAACUGACUGCAUGAGUACUUCAUCUUGCAGGAAUAUCGGCACAUUGCUGGCCAGACAGUUUGUCCACACCCAUCUGUCAGUAGUUGUGCAAGUAAUUAAUGCUACAUCAGAGUGGCUGUUGGUACGGUAGUAACUCAGACAUUAGUCGGCUGAAAUAUUGUGAUGCCACUGUUACUGUCUAAUCAAUGUGAAGCAUGCUUUGCAGAUUCAGGUUAGAAGCACUGAAACCCGGAAACGUCAAAAUGUAACAGCAGUCUUUAAUCAAUAAGAUACAGGUGCCAACAACAUACAAACAGUAAUAUUUUAAAAAUAUAGUUUAAUAUCAUUCUUAGUGUCUUGGCAUAAAUAAAAGCAGUUAUUAUUUACAAAUCCUGUAGAGGAAAGCAGUCCCUGUUGUGACAUUAACAGGCUAUUUUUGGGAAAGUUUUUAUAACUCGCCCUCAUGUUGUUUCGCCUCCUGAGAUAUGCCGGUAGGGAACCGCGGCCAUAAAAAUAAAUUAGUGCCAAAUGUUGGACAAUUUGUCCUGAUGAUAUCAAGAGGGAGGUGAGAAAUUGGAACACACACUGUGCUUUCCCAUUCAUCAAUUCUGACCUGAAGCAGAGACAUUGAUUACUGUGAUGAAUAAUGUCCCUGGCUGGCUGAUUACUCAGUCAUCUCCUUCUUGGGCCACAUGGGCCUGGAUUAAUCUAAUUUGCAUCUGAGAUAUAACUCUAAGACGCUUAUUUCAAUCGAAUGCUUUUGAGCUCUGAUGUGGAAUGAUAGCCAAGCAAGCUGGGACUCUAACAGUCGAUUGUGAGGCAUCAGUGCGAUGAGGCGGGCUCGAUCUCUCACCUUUUAAUAGGAGGUGUAACAACAAAUAGUGCCAUGCCAAGACAGUCUUAAAGUAAAUCUAGCUGGAAUUUAAAAGAAACUCCAGAUUAACAAAUUACAAUUUGCCAAGCACAGCAGCUGUCUCUUUGUCUCCUAGCUAUGAUAUCAGUGGUAAACAUUAGUGUUUGGUGCCAUAGAGAAGUGAAGUCCCUCCCCUUCCAGUGUCCCACAAGGGACCUUAUUUCUGUAUGACAAAGUAAUUUAACUUGUUUGAAUUGUGCCAUGAAUUACACAUUUGUCAGUUUAAAAGAUGAAUUUGCAAUUCAAGAAAGUACCACAGCGAAAUACAGCUCUCGUCUCGCUCAACAUAGCUAUGUCACCAAGACCAGCAAGCUAAGUAGCCUGGUAACGUAGCUAUGUUCUACUCAUGUUAUUUUUAAUUUAUGUGCCGAGUUUCAUCUUAAAACCGGCUAAAAAAAAGCAACCUUGACAGCUCCUUUGAGUAGCUACAGUCAGCAGAGGGAAUAUGUUGUAAGAAACAGUGUGAAAUGAAUACGCUUUAAAAAUUCACACAAUUAGUAGUUUUCUGCCAGCAUUCCUCUCAUGCCUUAGUUGAAGCAUCAGUGUUGCUUUUUAAAUAGUAGUUAUGACAUUACUUGCAUAUUUUUGUAGUUUUAUAGUUUAACAGUUUUACAACAAACUGCAACUUUUUUGACUUGCAAAAUUACCCUUUAAACAUUCUGUGUGUAAUUCGUGGCACAAUUUAAAUGGGAUCAAAUAAUUAUUUGUCUCAAGAUUAACUACCCUACACAUUUUUUGCAAAAUAAGGUCCCAUUGUGGUCCACCGGAAGGGGAGGGACUUCGCCUCCUAAUCCAUCAUAAUUAAGGCUAUUGUAAUCCAUGCUUAACAGUCACCUGAGAGAAUCUUAAAAGAGGCAGAUAUAAGUGCCAUGCAGCCCAAAAGACAGUAAAAAAAGGAGCAUUUCUGGGAUAAAAAGUCUUCUAGAAAUGCAGGAAAGCGCUAACUUAAGUACAAGAAUAUGAGAACUUAACACAAAACGCAUCCAAGAUGGCAGCUGCAUAAGAGAUUACCCAGACAUUUCCUAUUUUCUUCUUAUUCUUAGUGGAAUGGAUUGUUUGUGGGAAUUUCUGUACACUGGCACAACUGUGGGUGUGUUAAGUACAACAAUGAUCAACUACAGUUAAGCACUUCAGCUUAUUUUGAGAGAAUCAGCAAUGAAAAGUAUUUUAAAGUGUCACCGAGUUGCAGAGUCAGUUCAGUGGCCCUCGCCACCUGCUCUCCAGCUGAGUCAGUCUGUCCUCCCUGCCCUGAACAUGCUCCGCCCCCACUCUCUGAGCUGUUUCCAUGGCAGCGAUGUCAAGAUGGGCAUACCUGAUGGAACCUUCCUCUGAUCGGAGAAGGAGAAAACAUUUGUUUCUACUUUGUCACAUGCAGGAAAAACAAGCAGCAACCUGUCCGUCCUUGAGAUGUUCAGUUACUUUCACCACAUAUUAACUGAAGCAUACACUAUGACCUUUUCUUGUUUGGUACUGUUGGGAUACAAAAAUGACUUUGUAUCAUACUUACAGGAUGUUACCUUGAAUUAUUGAAGAAAACUUAUGGGGACCAUGUUAACAACAGCAAAGCUAUACCAAAAUAUCUGUUUACAAACUCUCACACAACUCAUACAGUACAAUCCAAGUCUCUUUUAUCCAGUCAUAUGCUCAGUACUUGCCAAACACGCAUUUUCACUAAAAUGUUAUUGAUUUCAAACAUAAUAUUCGAGUGAUGUGCCUGGGCAUGUGCACACAUUUGAACUCUGAUCAAGUGGAGUUCAGGGUGCACUACUUGUAGGCGGGAGCGUUUUACAUUGUAAUGUUUUAGCAAAAAUGUGUUUGGGAAGUACUGAGCAUACGACUGGAUAAAUGAGACUUGGGCUAUAUUCCAGGAGUAGUGUAAAAGUUUGUAAAUGCUGUUAAAUGCAGACGCCAUUUACUUCAAGAAUUCAAGGUAACACGCAGUGAUUGCAAAUUGGGUAACACUUUACUUGAAGGUAUCUACAUAAGAGUGACAUAACAUGGUCAUGAACAUUAUGUACAUGUCAAACGUUUGACUGCUGUCAUGAAGUGUCAUUCGGUUUUUGUCAUGUCAAUUUGACAUUAAAUUUGUUUGGGAUGUCCUUACAAUGACAACUUGACAUUUACCAGGAUGACACUACCAGAAGAUUUCUUUAUGUUAAUGUCACUUUAAUUAAUGCCAAGUUGUCAUAAUCAAGACAACCCAAACAAUGUCAACUUGUCAUUACAAAAAGUGAAAGACACUUAAUGACAGCAGUCAAACGUUUAUGACAUGUACAUAAUGUUUGACAAGUCCAUGAAAGUGUUACCAUAAAUUGUCAUGUGGGAGAAGUCUUCUUGUAACCCAUUAAUUUAAUCUAGUUGUAAGAAUGCAUAAAAUUACUUUGGAUGUUCUCUUUAAUUUGCCAAUUAAAAGCUGAGAAUGAUGUUUAUAUUAUUACCUGUGUUGUAAAUUGCUUUAGGUCACUUUUGUUAACUGCUUCAGUCCAUGAAUGUGUGAUUAUACCACAAAAAUCAGCACAAUAAAUUGUUUCUCCCUAUUUAUACGGUGUACUGAUCUGUCCAUACUUUAUGCUAAUUGCAAAGUAAACUUUCCUCCCCAACGAGGCAAGUAGUAAAAUAAACAGCAAUAGCAGAGGGCUCUCAACCACACAAACAGUUUUUUUUUAAGUCUGUCAUAAUAGAGUGCUGCAGGGAUGACUUUUUUGGUAGGCCAAUUUGUAAGUUAGCAUUGCACUUGUUACCUGAAAAAAAGGGGGGGAUUUUUCCAUUUCCGUUGUGGAUGACUGCAGAAAAUCGUCUUGUUCAACAAGAUAUACAUCACAAAUGAACAUCACUUUUAUAAUUUUUAAAGUGUAAAUGCAACUGCAAGAAGUUAAACCUAAACGAACUACGCUAUGGUCACGUGACUUCUAUGCCGCCGCCACAGUGAGGCUGUAGUGCCGUGUUUGGCAUGCACGUGGUAAUGCCAGACAUUUCUUAUACGCCUUUUUUCAUGACACAUAAAACCUUCCAAAUUCACAAGUGCAGUAUGUUACAUUGUAGAACAAAAUCUUGAGCUUGUAUUAAGCACAGACCUUAUUUCAGACAUCUGACCAAAAAACCCACCGACUUCGAGACAAGGGAACCGAAAUGUUAAUACCGACUCAUUUCGGGGUUUUAGGACUCAUUCCUGCAGCACUCUAUAUCAGUGCAAUUUUUUCUUUGGUGGUGCAUUUAGGUUUUGUAAGACCGAUUUAAGCCAAAUUAAACAUAUUGCAGUUC